GGUCACGUGAUCGCGUCCUUUCCAUCAUGGCUUCUCUUCAGGAUGGUUUGUUUUGCUCUCGGUCUAUACAGCGAGCGAUAUUUUUCUUCUCUUUUUGCUGGACUUUAAUUCAAAGCUCUGCAAAUGAUGUGGAAAGCUGUGACAACCUCCGACCGGGACAGUAUCUUUGCAAAAGCCCUAAAAUAGAUGAUGCAACUCAAGAACCCGAGAACUGCAAGGAUCUAGUGGCAUGGGUGGAAUGCCUUCCUGCACCAAACAUCAGCUGCUUGCUAUCAAACGGGACCAGGUUCAAGUUCAGUGGGGAGGAGGUUGGAUUUAAUAAAAGCAUCCCAUGUCGGAAUGUGACUGGCUAUUCAUAUAAAGUAGCUGUGGCUUUGUCCCUCUUCCUGGGAUGGCUGGGUGCAGAUCGCUUCUAUUUGGGUUAUCCAGCUCUCGGGCUGCUGAAGUUCUGCACUGUGGGUUUCUGUGGAAUUGGAAGUCUGGUGGACUUCAUACUGAUAUCCAUGCAGAUCGUAGGUCCAUCUGAUGGUUCGGAUUACAUCGUGGACUACUACGGAGCGAGGCUCGUACGGCUCUCCAUAACAAAUGAGACAUACAGGCGAACGCAGAUCUCUCUCUGAGGAGGUGGACAGAGAGGACAGGAUGAAAACCUGACAUCCAGGAUUGUGUCAUAUAAAUCUCAUCCUUUUCUCUUUUCAACUGGGAAGAUACAUGGACAUGCCAGACACCUCCAUGUGUGUGAGAGAGAGACAGAGGCAAAGAGCGAGAGAGAGAGAGUGAGAGAGAGCGUGAUUGAGUGAGUAAGUGUUAGGACUGCUUAGGAUUGUAAAUAGAGACUACAAUAUGUUAUGCUUGUGUUCUCCAAAGUGGAUAAGCCCACCUUCAUUCCUGCAUCUCUUCUUGUCCUCACCAUCCAUCCUUCUUUCAUCUGACUCAGAAUGAAGAAUGCAGAAGAAUGCAUAUAAUUGUUGUGCAAUGGAAUCUGUCUCACCCAAAUUUAUUUAAUUAAAUAUCCACCUCAGACUGCAGUGAUACACACGUGACACAAUUAGACUGUCAUCUACAAACUCAGUUAUGACGCAAACAGAAAUGCAAUAUGUCUUAGUAACGUUUGGUGUGAUUCCAUACAAACCUCCUGGGAAGCUGGAAGGUAUGCUGAACAGUGCAUAUACUAUUUAUGGACAAUAUAUUGGGUUAGAUUUUUAUUGACAUCUGUUAUUUGGCAAGAGGAAAACUAAUUUUUUUCUGAAAUAUUCCUUUAAGACCUUCUGUUUUGUCAUUGUUAUUUAAAUGAUGUAAAUAAAGUUUUACCUAUGUG